CCUUGGUUGCUAUGCAUGGUAUGUUUAUGGAAUUGCAUCGUCUGGAAGAACAGGUGAAAUGGCAAAAGGGGAUAAAAAGAAAAAACCUGAGAAAACGACUCCCGAACAGUCAUUAAGUAAACUUUUGGCAAAUGGCUCCCAUGCUGGUGUUGUAUCAGAACCACACGUUGUAGAUGAAGAGUCGGGACAUGACACAGAUGGAAUGACUGCCUCCUUUUCGUCACAACCACCACUCACCGACAAACAACUUGAGAGAAGUGAUGAUGCAUUUCAUGAGGUCCCUGUUCUUUCUAAUAUUAUUGUCCAGAGGUACGAAGGAGAAAGGUAUCUAGAGCAGUUCCAUGGUGAAGGUGUGGCAUAUUUUCAGGGAGGACAUGUCUACAAGGGUAUGUUUUCAGUAGGAGUCAUGGAUGGACGUGGUCUGUACACAUGGGCAGAUGGCGUGAAAUAUGAGGGUGAGUUUGCAUUCAAUGUGCCCAUGGGCCAUGGGACAUACACCUGGGUGGACGGUAGCUGUUAUGAGGGAGAGGUGUGCAGUGGAAUCCGCCAUGGUGUGGGGACAUACAGGUGUGCCAAUGCCUCGGUGAUAUACAGAGGGCAGUGGCAUCACAGCAAAAGGCAUGGAAAGGGUACAAUAUACUAUAACCAGGAAGUGACAUCCUGGUAUGAAGGAGAAUGGGUGAACAAUAACAGAGAGGGAUGGGGAGUCCGAUGUUACCCCUCUGGGAAUCUGUAUGAGGGCCAGUGGAGGAACAACAUGAGACAUGGAGAGGGCAGUAUGAGGUGGCGGCAGCUGGGUCAGCAGUACAGAGGGAGAUGGGAGAAUGGGGUCCAGCAUGGACAGGGGACCCACACAUGGUUCCUGAGGAGAGUGACAGGCUCUCAGUACCGCCUGAGGAAUGAGUACAGUGGGGACUUUGUCCAGGGGCUGAGGCAUGGCCAGGGCAGCUUCUACUACGCCAGCGGGGCUCAUUAUAAAGGAGAGUGGAAGGAAAACAAAAAACAUGGACAGGGAAAGUUCAUUUUUAAAAAUGGGCGCAUAUUUGAAGGGGAGUUUGUGGACGACCACAUGGCAGAGUUCCCAGCGUUCUGCCUGGAUGGUUCAAACACCCCUGAUCUGAGUGGGAUUAGAACGCACACUCCUCGUCCUGAGGACGGUGAAUCGCCCAGAAGAGCAUCAGGAGGAGACUCCGGCAGUGGUCCAGCCCUGCUUGGGCCUGACAUGGCUCUGGACAUCACUGCUCUACUGCAGAACCUCCCAGAGAACCAGAAAGACCUGGAGCUCAAACAGGUGGAGUUUGUGGUGCUGAGACACAUAGCGGAGCUGAGGGCCAUCUAUAGCUUCUACAGCAGUCUGGGCCAUGACCAGUCCCCAGACAACACCUUCCUGCUGUCCCGCCUGCAGCUCUGGAGACUCCUCAAGGACUGCAGCGUCCACCAGCAAGGCAUCACCAUGGCCCAGGUCGACCGCUACAUCUGUGCAGAGGAUGUCCCUUCAGAGGAGAUCCACUCUCCCUUCAGCACCAUGCUUCUCAGAAAGUUCCUCAGCUGUGUUGUGGUCCUGGCCUACAACACCUACCAUAAGGACAUAGAGCCCUCUGAUAACGUACUGGUUGCAUGUUUCUCCAAGCUGAUGAUGGAGAACAUCAUCCCUAAUGCAAUGAAUGUAAAAGGGCUGUUGUUCCCCAACCCCCUGCAUGCUGUGAUUUCUGUCAACUACAUUGAGAGGUGCUGGGAGAUCUACAAGGCCUUCUGCAGAGUCAACCCAACCCCCCUAGCUGACCAGACCAUGACUGUCAGGCACUUCAUAUGGAUGUUGAAGGACCUUGGUCUGUUUGAUGCUGAGCUGACCACAGGGAAACUCCUAGAGAUCCUCUCUGCAGAGAACCCAGCUGCUUACGACCGCUACCACUGCAACCUGGACCUAGAGAUGACGUUCCUGGAGUUCUUUGAGGCGUUGCUGGGCUGUGCAGAGGUCAGCGAUCAGAGUGAUGGUCAGACAUCCUCAGACAGCCAGGUAGAGAGCUGCCCUCUGGCUGACACCAGGAGGGUUUCCCCUGGGGAGAGGACCAGAGACAGCCCCCUACAGAGGUCCUCACAGCGGCACUCCCCUCUGACUGGACCUACUGUGAAGUCAUCAAACCCCAACAUCUCUCCUGAUGUGGGUAGCGUCAAAUCACUGGAGAUGGGAAAAUCCAAGGAGAUUCUCCAGCUGUCUACACCUGAAGAGAUGGAGCCCAGACAGAGUCCCAACGCAGCAGGCAACCUCACAUCACAGACCGGGGGUGAGCCCAGACAGAGUCCCAACGCAGCAGGCAACCUCACAUCACAGACCGGGGGUGGUGGGUCAGCAACCCACUCGUCAGACACUGAGAGGAGAGAGGACUCAGGUGGGGCUACCAUGGUGAGCGCUAGAUCAGCAGUAGAGGCUAAAGUGUCAAAUCACCCUCCCCAUGAUCAUCCCCCCAGCACAGAGCCUGUUGAAGAGGACAGGAGAGGAGCAGAAGUAGCAGGUAAGACAUCCUGCCCUGCUGAGACUGACCUGGACGGCUGGAUCCAGAGGACCCACCAUUUCUUCACCCAGAGGUUCUUCCCAGCGUACGAGUACAGCCUGGAGCUCAGGAGGGAGGUGCAGGAAGAGAGGCUGAGGCAGACGGCACUAGCCCGCAUCGCUCUGGCUAAGGCCAAGGAAGACGCCAGGUUGAGGGAGCAGUGGGAGGCAGAGGAGGAGAGAAGGAGGGAGGAAGAAGAGGAUGAGGAGGCUGAGCGAGUAGAAGGGCCAGAGGAUGACCUUAACCCGUCUCCAGUGGCUCAGACGCCUGUGGCCUCCACCACCUCUGUGGCCAUCACCAAACAGCCGCCUGCCACAGCAGCCAAGAAGAAGAGGAAGUAGACUCCCAGAUCACCCUGUAGUCUGGGCUCCAUAGAACUGUAUGGCCAGAUUAAAAUUAGUCCUGGAUAGAAAAACAGACCUGUUCAGAGCAUA